AUGAUUACAUAUGAUCUGAGGAUAGGCGACAGAACCAGUGUUAUUGGCGUGGCCUACUUGUCGCAGAUUUGUCGUCACUACCCCGUGUCGGUAAUCGAGGAUCAGUUUACGGCAGUUACAGCGACGGCGGCCGCGCACGAGCUGGGUCAUGGCCUCGGUAUCAAACACGAUAGCCUCUACGGAUGCAGUAACACUGACGCUUACGUAAUGUCAUCACACGCUUCGUUCCCACGUGACGACAGAAUCUCACAACCCUGGCAGUUUUCCAAGUGUUCUGCGCAUGCGUUCACUGAGAGCCUACGAACGAAGAAAUGUACGCUGAGGGAUGAUUCUGACGUCAUCGUAUCAACCAAUGGGACGAGGACACCACACUCAACAGCAGAUCAACAGUGCGCAUUAGCGUUCGGCGGAGGGUCUUAUUUGUGUCGCCACGUGCAGUUGCCACGAUCCUAUGACGUCAUGUGCACGAAAAUGUACUGCAGGCUACCUAGAAAGUCUUCAUGUGGAAUCAUCAUACCACAAGACCUAACUUCAUGUGGAAACAAAAAGUGGUGUCAACUCGGCAAGUGCACGACACACAAAGACGCGCCUGCUACAAUAGACAACUGUCCCCAAGGCGACGCCCCAUUUUACAGAUGUCGCGUUGAGAAGUGCAGCUUUUACAGCGACAGAGUCCGGAAGACGUUUUGCUGUAAGACGUGUACGACAACGCCGGUCACAACGUCAACGCCACGGUCUACAUCUGUAGCACACACCACGGUGACGACAACCCUAACAACAGACUGUGGCGACAACAAAACAACAUUGCCUCGCGUCACCACGACCGCUACGGAAGCCGCAUUACCAACUACUGAAGGUGGUAACUAUGACAACCAGAAAACCAAAUACCACGUGUCGUACCUUCAGAUGCAAGUGCCGCAUUCGCUGGAGGUCGUCUUGUCUUCGAAUCGGGAUCCCAAAACCUCGGAUAACUCGAAGACCGAAAACACAUUGCCAUACGUUUCGCUGUAUCUGUAUGCGUCGAUGGAGGACGGCGUGUCUUCGAAUUGGGAUCCCCAAACCGACUGUUAA